GCUGGUAAACAAACCCCUUAUGAUCGUGUUUAACUGGAGGAAUAAGGAUUUAUAUGAAACAACAAACAAGAUUUUGGAUCAUUUAGGUUUUCUGAGCCACACCUCAGAUCGAUGCUAUUACAAAAAGCCAAACUUAACCCUUUAGUCUACACUUGUUCCUCCGUGCUCAAAACAUUGUCUAAAUCUGGAAUACAAAGCAACUUUGAAGUCAAGGCCGUUUGCCGUGAGUCUUUGUCUGCACACAGCUAUGAGGAAACGAUCGCACUUCAGUCGGAACUGGAGGCUGUGGAGAAGCAGAUCCAGGAUCUACUAGAGAAGCAGACACGGCUGCGAGAACGUAAAACGGCGCUGGAAACAUCCAGAGCUGACGCUCGCAAAUCCGCGGUACCUGCGAUCCUGAAGGACGAUGCUAACGUCGGAGCUGUCGUGCUGCACGCGGGGGUGAAUGACGUCAGGAUGAGGCAGUCGGAGAUCCUGAAGAGGGACUUCAGGAGUCUGAUCGAGACGGUACGCAACGCAUCGCCCACGGCGAGGAUCAUCGUAUCAGGGCCGCUUCCUACCUACCGACGAGGGAAUGAAAAGUUCAGUAGACUAUUUGCUCUAAAUAAAUGGUUGAUGUCAUGGUGUAUUGAACAGAAGCUGCUCUUUGUUGAUAAUUUUGAUCUGUUCUGGGAGCGACCUAGGCUCUUCCGCCCUGACGGCCUGCACCCCAGCAGCAUCGGAGCGGUUCUUCUGUCUGACAACAUCUCAAAGACGCUACGCACCGCUUGACUACGUCUCCCAGCGUUUGCCCAUCCCGAGGUAGGGAGAGAUUCCGCCAGGCCCAGAUGAACGUCAUAUGCCCAUCCCCAACUAGAGAUUACGCCAGCUACAUCGGAAAAUCCCGUGCCAUCCUCCUGCGAGACCUGGGACUGACUGACCAUCCCAGCUCCAUCCAAGGCAAUUCCAUCACCACCCAAGAAAAAGCGACCAUCUGGCCGGCCCAGCUCAGACAAUUCCAUCCCCAACCGAGAGCAAAGACGGACUACCUGUCACAUAAAUGCUAAAUUUACAAUACUUGGUAUUUAAUGCUAAACUUACAUCACAGAC